AGGCGCCUGUGGGAGAAAUGGCGGCGGGCUCAGGAGCUGGGGAGUGUGGUGCCCCUUGGAGGUCACUGUCCUUGGGUUGGAGGCAGGUGUCCAACUCUGGGAAUAGCUUAGCUCUGGGUGAUGAAUUGCCUUGCUACUUGGGCCUUAUCCCAGAAAGAGGCCCCUGUGUCCUGCAUUGUGGGUGCAGUCUCUUCCCACAGGCUCCUGCUUGGUGACAAAGUCUCCUGUCUGAGUGGUAGGAGUGGUGCAUUCUGGGGAAGGGGAAAUAUAAUUAGAGUUGGCAAUAAUGAAGGCAGCAGAACAUAAGAAUGAAAUGUUCGUCUGCCUUCAAUACAGGAGUGAUUGUUUCAUUUCCUUCUAUAUGUAGACUCUUGGGCUUAAUUUAUUGUAAGCAAGUGUUCAUAAUAAGGAAUUGGUCACAUUGCAGAACUGGCUAUAUAAAUAUCAUGAUAUUAUCCUAUCUUAUAUUCAUGAUCCAUUUUCUCAACAUUCUAUUUUACUUUGACCAUUUUUGAUAUGUUUGAAUGGGAGUUAAAGUAAAGGAAAAGUUUUUGUGCAGAUGGGUGUUAAAUUUAAAAUAUUUGAAAUCACAAUAGGAUUUAAGUAUCUGUUUAUGGGGCCCCAUAUAUCAUCUUCAGCAACUUUCUAGUCCCUCAUAUUUUUUUUUUUUUUUAUAGAAGCAGUAUCCGGGAAAAUGUGCUGUUUCUUAAGGUUGACUCUUCUCCAGCUAGAGGACUCUUCUUUGGUGGGAAGGAUAACAUCUCCAGAGGAUCCUGCUUUGUGUUGGGUCUGGCAUCGGUAGCACAUGAGAUCUGCCUGUGAAGUCAGUUGGACAGCUUUGCAACUGUGGAAGCCAGGAAGAAGGGAACAUCACAUCACAUCAGUGCAGGUGUCUCUCCAGUGGUAGCCUUGGAUUGGCAGAAGAUUGCUUUCAACGGGUUUGCCUUUGGAAAUCAUCAUCUUCCCCCUAACCUGAGUGUCUUUACUCUGUCCCUGUUAUUGAUAGAGGCUGUAUGUCAAAAAAGGGAAUUUUGUAACUACUGAACUGACAGUUGUCUUUGACACUGCUAAGUUCCUCUCUGACCAAGUUAAAAAGGAUAAAGAUACUAGCCUGGACCAAGCAGAGAACUUAAGGUGAAAACUGGACAAGUGUCUGUAGCUGUGCUUCAAUCAUGACUGGCUCAAAGAAUAAGGCUAGAGCACAGGCUAAACUAGAAAAAAGAGCAAGUGCACAAGCCAAAGCUAUAGCAGAGAGGGAGGCUAGUAAUGCCAGAGCUUCAGGCAAAAACCGGGACAAAGGAAAAGCUAAGGGAGGAGCAAAAGCAGAUGCAGUGGCAGAGAUGAAGGCGGGGUCUAAGAGCAGGACUGAGAUGAGAGAAGGGGCUAAGGGCCCAGGAAAAGGCUCGUAUGAUUACAGCCAUAAGGCUGAGAACAGGGCUGCCAGAUCUACACGGAAAGAGAAGGCUGGUAGUGAUACCUGGUUCUGGGCUGGGGAAGAUUCUGGUCUCAAUUCCUUGUUCUGGAAGGGAGAAGAGCUUAGUAAUAAUUCUGUUGCUAAGUGUGAAAAUAAAACUAAUACUGUUCCUCAGGCCCGUCCAGAGGAGUCAGAGCCUGCCCCUAGGACCAGCCACAGGUCUAAGUCAGGGCCAGAGGAGGAGGAGGAAGAGAAUGUUAUUGGGAACUGGUUUUGGGAAGGAGAUGACACUGGUUUUGAUCCUGAUCCUAAACCUGUGUUCAGAAUAGUUAAACCUCAACCAGUGGAUGAAAUUAAUGAAAAGAAUAGGCCAAAGGACUGGUCUGAGGUUACCAUAUGGCCUAAAGCUCCUGCUGUAAUUCCGGCAGUGUUAGGUUUUAGAUCUAAGGACUCUUCUGAGGGAAGGGCCUCGUCAUAUAUUGUUCUGGCCUCAAAUGAAGAAGAAACUUCAACAACAGCCUGCACUAAGAAUACUCGAUCAAGCCUACAGCCUAUACCUGAGUAUCCAUUUGGUUCUGAUCCUUGCAUCCAGACCUUAGAUGAAAUUAGAGAGCAAAUCAAGAUCAGAGAAACGAAUGGCAUCAAGCCCUUUGCGUGCGCUUGCAAAAUGGAGUGCUAUUUAGAUUCUCCAGAAUUUGAAAAGCUUGUUAACAUACUCAAAUCAACUACUGAUCCCCUCAUUCAUAAAAUAGCACAGAUAGCAAUGGGCAUACAUAAAGUUCAUCCGUUUGCCCGGGAAUUCAUUAAUGAAGUGGGUGUGGUGACACUUAUUGAAAGCUUGCUCAGUUUUUCUUCCCCUGACAGUAGAAAAAAGACUGUUAUUACUCUGAAUUCUUCUGGGGAUGAAAGACAACACAAAGUAGAAUUUCAUGUUAAGCAUAUGUGUAAAGAAACUGUGUCUUUCCCCUUGAACUCACCCGGUCAGCAGUCUGGAUUAAAGAUAAUAGGGCAGCUGACUACUGAGUCUGUCCAUCACUACAUUGUCGUGAGUUACUUUUCAGAGCUUUUCCAUUUGCUGUCCCAGGGAAAUCGUAAGACUAGAAAUCUUGUUUUGAAAGUAUUUUUGAAUAUGUCUGAAAAUCCAAAGGCAGCCAGAGAUAUGAUCAAUAUGAAGGCAUUAGCAGCAUUAAAACUCAUCUUUAACCAAAAAGAGGCGAAAGCAAAUCUUGUUAGUGCUGUGGCCAUCUUUAUUAACAUAAAGGAGCAUAUUAGAAAGGGCUCAAUUGUAGUAGUCGAUCACAUGAGUUACAAUACUCUUACUGCCAUAUUCCGUGAAGUUAAAUGCAUUAUUGAAAGAAUGUAAAAUGACCCAAAAACCAAAGAGAACACUGAACAGUGUCCAAAUUCUGAUUGGCUGAACAUUCCCAAAGAGUUUUGCAAACUAUUUUGGUAAUAACUGCUCACACAUUUUGUCUUAACAUCUUUUUUCAAAUUAUUACCUGUGGCAGGUUCUAGCUGAAAUCUAAAACAUUUUUGGCUUAUCAAAUGAAUAUUAAAUAUUGAGAUAAACAGGUUUAUUGAUUUCUAUCUUACCUAGAUUAGCAAAUUUUUAACAUUUUACUUAAGGAAACUGUGAUCCAGAUGUCAAAAGUACAGUGUCUUGAUGAUUGAUAACUGCUUAGAUCUAUUUGUGGCUCCAGAUAGCAAAAAAGAAACUACUGGUCUUGUAAUCUAGUUAUAGAAAUAAGGUGUAUGAAAAUAAAGAUACUUGAUGGUA